AUGGAACUCAUGAAUCAACCCCAGGCACAGUCAUUUUUUCAAGAAACCCCUAUGGGUGAAGCAGGGACUAACACCCCAAACUCGAGCCAGUGGAGGACGCCGGCGGCAACCCCUAGCCGAGCUUGGAAUCCGAGGGUUCUUACCCAACCUCAGGAAGAUGAAGCGGUAUUUGAUGAUGAUAUGGAACAAGAUGGCGUAUCAUACGAUUAUCCAGUCAUUCGGGUAACAAAGGAAGAGAAGGAAAGGUUUUGUCGCCCUUGGCGUAGAUCUCUAAUCCUCCAUCUCUUGGGUCGGACGGUAAGCUAUUCUUAUUUGCUCCAAAGACUUCAACGCAUGUGGAACCCCGAGUCGAGCUUUCAAUUGAUAGCACUAGAUCAAGAUUAUUUCUUGGCAAAAUUCAACGCUCUAUCCGACUAUGAGACAGCGAAAUUUGGGGGACCAUGGAUGGUCUUGGACCACUACUUGAUAGCUCAAGAAUGGAGACCCAAUUUCAAUCCAAGAAAGAAUAAAACUGAUUCAAUUCUGGCGUGGGUAAGGUUCCCGUCGUUGCCGAUAGAAUAUUUUGACGACGAUUUCCUAAAGAAGAUUGGGAAAACAAUUGGCCGACCAAUAAAGAUCGACUAUGUGACGAACCUCGUUUCAAAGGGUAAAUUUGCAAGAGUCUGUAUCGAACUUGAUAUCACCAAACCUGUGUUAUCCAGAUUUGUUUUGAAUUUUGAGGAAUGGCCAAUUGAAUACGAGGGCAUCCAUCAAAUUUGUUUUAAGUGUGGAAUUUAUUGCCAUCGAAUUAAGAUGUGUGGCAAGGACCAGACUGAGACGACAACCAUCGAAACCACUACUGGAAGUACUGAACCCCAGCUGGGGAUGGAGAGGCCUGUCCAAAAACCCAAGGAGAAAUAUGGGGCAUGGAUGCUAGUUACUAGAAAGGAUAGAAGAAAACAGUAG